CUCUCAUGGAUCUAACCCUCUCUUCCUUCUAACCGCCCUUUUCGCCUCCUUCUUUUCCAUUCCAAACUCUAGAUUCCUUAUCUCUCUAUUUUCUCCUCUUCAUUUUCUUCCUCUUCCGUCGAACUUUUCUUUUCUCCGACGUCGCUGCUUUUCUUUCUGCUUUUCCUGUGUUUUGAACGCUCUGCGUUUGUUAAUUUUGUUUUGUGUGUUCGGAUCGUGUUAUUUCACCUUCAGUUGCGGGGAUCUUCGGUUUAGGUGUAUGAGUGGUUUUUGAGCAGAAGUUAACGGAGAAAGGGAUUCAGUGAAGAUGACAUCCGUUGGUGUGGCGCCAACUUCGGGUUUGAGAGAAGCUAGUGGGCAUGGAGCAGCAGGUGUUGAUAGGUUGCCGGAGGAGAUGAACGAUAUGAAAAUUAGGGAUGAUAGAGAAAUGGAAGCCACUGUUGUUGAUGGCAAUGGAACGGAGACCGGACAUAUCAUCGUGACUACCAUUGGGGGUAGAAAUGGUCAGCCGAAGCAGACUAUAAGCUACAUGGCAGAACGUGUUGUAGGUCAUGGAUCGUUUGGUGUUGUCUUCCAGGCUAAGUGCUUGGAAACUGGUGAAACCGUGGCUAUCAAAAAGGUUCUUCAAGACAAGAGGUACAAGAAUCGGGAGCUGCAAACAAUGCGCCUUCUUGACCACCCAAAUGUUGUCUCUUUGAAGCACUGUUUCUUUUCAACAACUGAAAAGGAUGAACUCUACCUUAAUUUGGUACUUGAGUAUGUUCCUGAAACAGUUAAUCGUGUGAUCAAACAUUACAACAAGUUGAACCAAAGGAUGCCUCUGAUAUAUGUGAAACUCUAUACAUACCAGAUCUUUAGGGCAUUAUCUUAUAUUCAUCGUUGUAUUGGAGUUUGCCAUCGGGAUAUCAAGCCUCAAAAUCUAUUGGUCAAUCCACACACACACCAGGUUAAAUUAUGUGACUUUGGAAGUGCAAAGGUUUUGGUAAAAGGCGAACCAAAUAUAUCAUACAUAUGUUCUAGAUAUUACAGAGCACCUGAGCUUAUAUUUGGAGCAACUGAAUAUACUACAGCCAUUGACAUCUGGUCUGUUGGAUGUGUCUUAGCUGAGCUGCUGCUUGGACAGCCUUUGUUCCCUGGUGAGAGUGGAGUUGAUCAGCUUGUUGAGAUUAUAAAGGUUCUCGGCACUCCAACAAGGGAAGAGAUUAAAUGCAUGAACCCUAACUAUACAGAAUUUAAAUUCCCACAGAUUAAAGCACAUCCAUGGCACAAGAUCUUCCACAAGCGCAUGCCUCCAGAGGCUGUUGAUCUGGUAUCAAGACUACUACAAUACUCCCCUAACUUGCGGUGCACAGCUUUAGAUGCUCUGACGCAUCCUUUCUUUGAUGAGCUUCGUGAUCCAAAUACUCGCUUGCCAAAUGGCCGAUUCCUUCCACCACUAUUUAAUUUUAAAUCUCAUGAACUGAAAGGAGUCCCAGCUGAGAUUUUGGUGAAAUUGGUUCCAGAACAUGCGAGGAAGCAAUGCCCGUUUCUUGGCUUGUGAAAGUUUAACAGAACUUCAAGUGUUUCCGUAUGAGAAUGCUGCGCUUUCUUCUAUUUGAUGAUAUGAUAUGAUAUUUGUUGGUAUCUUUAUUGUAUUCGGUUGCCCUGUAAAAGCAGAUCUAGAGAUACAUGCUACUCCUUAUUACCCAACCCCCGAAGGGUAUGCAGAAUACCCUGUUUCCUGUAUCACAGCAGAUUGUAACAUACAAUAGAAGACAAAUGUCUGCAAUUAUCUAAAUGUGGCAUCAGUAUUUGUAUUUGUUGAGACAA